AAAUGGCUUUGAUGUGAAACUCCAGUGUGCUGCUUAACGCAUGACCUCUGAAUUGAUCUGCCCACACACAAUGGAAGAUGGUGCCCCAAAGCAUAUCAUCCAAAUGACAGGAUUUAAGAUGGAAGAAAAGGAAGCUCUAGGAAAAUUGCUUUUAAAGCUAGAUUGCACUUUUAUUAAGAGUGAGAAAUAUAAAAAUUGUACACAUCUUAUAGCUGAACGCCUGUGCAAGAGUGAAAAAUUUUUAGCAGCUUGUGCAGCAGGAAAGUGGGUUCUGACUAAGGACUACAUAAUUCAUAGUGCCAGAAGUGGCAGGUGGCUUGAUGAGACAACUUAUGAAUGGGGAUAUAAAAUUGAAAAGGAUUCUCAUUUUUCACCUCAAAUGCAGUCUGCCCCUAAAAGAUGGCGUGAAGAGCUAAAGCGCACUGGUGCUCCAGGAGCUUUCCACAGAUGGAAAGUUGUCCUCCUUGUGAGAGCUGAUAAACGCAGUGAUUCUCUUGUAAGGGUUUUGGAGGCGGGAAAAGCAAAUAUUAUUUUACCAAAAAGUUCACCAAGUGGAAUAACUCAUGUGAUUGCCAGUAAUGCAAGAAUCAAUGCUGAGAAAGAAAAAGAUAACUUUAAGGCUCCAUUUUAUCCAAUUCAGUAUCUAGGGGAUUUUCUUUUAGAGAAAGAAAUUCAGAAUGAUGAAGAUUCCCAAACCAAAUCUCUUUGGACUGAACAUGGCAAUCAAGAAAAAAGCAAAGAUUUUGGGAAUGAUAUGAGGUUGCUUGAAAUAAAUAGUGCUUUAAGAGAGACCAUGUCUAGAACCCAGAAAGAAAUACAAAAUCAUGAUGAAGACGUUAAUAGUAGUUCUGUUUUGCAUGAACAUCAUAAAAAAGAAAAAUUCAGAGAAUCCAGUAAAGAUUUGAAAUUUGUUAAAAUGAGAAAUACCUUCAAAAGGCAUACAUAUGGAAAUCAGAAGGAAACAAAGAAAAAAGAAGAUAUUCAAAGAAAUUAUACUUUGAGGAGAAAACGCAGAAAAGAAACUGAGGGCAAGAAUGAUGUUGGACAUGAUACAAUCAAAAGUUCCUUUAAAAAGCACAUAUAUUACAGAGAUCAGGCUGUCAGAUACAACUGCAUUAGAGUAGAUAAACAGCCAGUAUGCAAUGGAGAGAUUAAGAAUGCUGAAUUUCCCAGAGGUGUAUUAAAUUUAAUUGAAAGCCUCAUAGAAGGACAGUUUUUUAAUGAAGCAAUUGAAGAACUUUCUUCUUUGCAAGCACAUUACAUCCCUCCUGUAUGCCUUCUUCAUGCUCUUCUAGAGAACAUUCUGCAAGAUAAUAUAGAUACGUUUUCUGGUCGAUACUUUCAUAUAUUGUCAGCUCUUCUUCACUUACAUCCUCCUUGGGAGUCACCAGCCAUGUCAAGAUAUUACUUACAGUUGUUUCAGUGUCCAACAUGUAUGAAAGGAUCCUGGUCUCUAGUAGAAGUACUUAUCAGGUCUUGCCUUUUCAAUGAAAGUUUUUGUCAUCAAAUUCCAGAAAGUAUUGGCUCUAAGGUACUCUACCUUACACUACUCAAAUUUUUCUUCAAUUUAAUUGAAACUGAGGUCCGGAAUUUGAGUCAAAAGUUGUAUGACUGGUCAGAUUCUCAGAGUCUGAAAAUAACAGGAAAGGCAAUUCCUCUUGAAAUCUUCUGGUCAGGAAGUGAGACCUCAGGGCUUUUGACCAAGCCAGUAAAUCUGCUUUUGGAAUGGACUAUAUAUUCUCACAAGGAAAAAUGCAAGUCAAAUGAUGUCUUCAAACAUGAACUGGCUUAUUUAUUGACUGGAAUUCUUGGAGUAGCAAUAGAUUACUGGAUCUUCUCUGGUCUGAAGAUGGGCAGAAAUGUGAUGCGACACAUGUCUGAUGAUUUAGGAAGUUAUAUUUCCCUUUCUUGUGAUGACUUUUCUUCACAGGAAUUAGAAGUUUUCAUUUGCUCCUUUUCCUCUUCAUGGCUUCAAAUGUUUGUUGCAGAGGCAGUCUUUAAAAAGUUAUGCUUACAAAACUCCAGCAAUGUUGCCUCUGAGCCACUCACUCUUCAGAAAAUGGUAUGUUCCUAUUUGCCGGCUUUGGGGAAAACUGGUACUCAUGGAGUUGGAAAGAUACAGAUAUUAAAGAAAAUAGGACAGCGGCCUUGCCUUGAAUCUCAGAGAGCCUUGCUAAUGUUGAAUGGUGCUAAACAGAAACAAGUUGAAGGGCUGCCAGAGUUACCAGAGCUGACCCUUACUAAAUGUUCCUCAUUUAAAAAGUUGAAAAAGAAGUCAGAAGGAGAAUUGUCAUGCUCUAAAGAGAAUUGCCCCUCCAUAGUUACGAAGAUGAAUUUCCGCAAGACUAAUUUAAAAGGAGAAACAGCCCUGCAUAGAGCUUGCAUAAAUAACCAAGUGGAAAAAUUGAUUCUUCUUCUCUCUUUGCCAGGAGUAGACAUCAAUGUUAAAGACAAUGCUGGCUGGACGCCUUUGCAUGAAGCUUGUAACUAUGGCAACACAGUAUGUGUCCAGGAAAUUUUGCAACGUUGUCCAGAGGUAGAUCUGCUCACUCAAGUGGACGGAGUGACUCCUUUGCAUGAUGCACUGUCAAACGGACAUGUAGAAAUUGGCAAGCUGCUACUACAACAUGGGGGCGCAGUGCUUUUACAGCAGAGAGACUCUAAAGGAGAAUUGCCCUUGGAUUAUGUAGUAUCGCCUCAAAUCAAGGAAGAAUUAUUUGCUGUUACAAAAAUAGAAGAUACAGUGGAGAACUUUCAUGCUCAAACAGAGAAACACAUCUAUCACCAGCAACUUGAAUUUGGUUCAUUUUUACUUAGUAGAAUGUUGCUGAAUUUUUGUUCUAUUUUUAAUUUAUCCUCAGAAUUUAUUUUAGCUUUCAAAGGGUUAACUCAUCUAAAUGAGCUUCUUAUGGCUUGUAUUAGUUAUAAAGAAACCACUAGUUCUCGUACCGACUGGUUAUUGGAUCUUUAUGCUAGAAAUAUUAAGACAUUACAGAAGCUCCCAGGUAUUCUUAAGGAUCUGCCUGAGAACAUGAAACUGUGUCCAGGAGUACAUACUGAGGCGUUACUGGUAACAUUGGACAUAAUGUGUCGGUCAAUCACAGAGCUUUCAUGAUGAUGCCAGGCAUUAUGCCAGGCAUGAUCAUCAUGCCAGCUUGUUUUGUCAUUUUGUAUAGGCAUCAUAAGUGUCAUAGCUUACUGGCAAAUACUAAUUUUGACUUAUUUAUUGACCUCCUAAUCUGGCUGAAUUUUAAAAGCACUUAUUAAACAUCUGCAUAAAUAAAGGAUGGAACUUUUUCCAGUGCGUAGAAUUGGGCUCAGAAGUUUUAAGUACAAACAACUUUCAUUAAUUUUUAAGAAUUUUUGUUCUGAAAAAUGAUAUUUAUUUAUAUUGUAUGUGUAAAAGAAAUAACUUAAAUAUUUUUUUCAAAACAAAAUGUAAUGUCCUCUUAUAGAUGUUUUAGGUCAUAUAAUCAUGGCAGGAUAUUCAUGUAAAUAUUCAACUACUAACCUGUUAACUCCAUUUUUUUGCAGGAAUUAUAGUUUUGUGUAUUUCUAAAAUAAACAUUUCUAAACUAUAAUAUUUAUUAUUUGGGUUUUAAAUGUAGUUAACUAAUCUGACA